AUGACGAGUCAAAGUGCCAUCACAAUUUCUUCCAAUGCUAGCGAUCUGAAAUUGGAUAACAAGGCCAGCGUUACACUCAGUCAGCGCAUCUUUCAAUUGUUUCAAUCUCAGCCACAGGCAGAUCACGAACAUUGCAGUAACCAAGCCCAGAGGCACCUCACCGUUCGCUCUACACAAAGCUGCCAUGCUUCACUCACUGCUUUAUCAGUAGAUGAGGCACUGCGCAUAAUUAGUGAUCAAACCCCUUCACCUGUUGCCGUCGACACUCCAGUGACCACAUCUAUCAUUGGCUCGGUUAUUGCUGAGGACGUCUCUGCCGAAAUGAUGAUGCCACCUUGUCACGUCAGCGCUGUCGAUGGCUAUGCAAUCGUUUUGGAAGAAGGCAAAUUUUCGAAGGGGACAUUUCCAAUAGUAUUCGCUAUUGGCACCGACACCAGUGGAAGUUUGGAACCUCUUCAACCAGGGACCGUUGCGAGGACUACAAUUGGUGCACGCCUUCCUCCUAAUGCCAAUGCCGUAAUCAAGGAAGAAGACACGACGGUCGAGGUAAUGGGAGAAGGACGCAUCACAAUUAUGACUGAUAAAAUCGUCAUCGGGAAUAAUGUGCGCGAUCCUGGCAGUUACAUUUCUAGCGGGUCCCGAAUCUUUGUCCGUGGUGAUGUUCUCACACCUUUAUCCGGGGCAGUCGGUUUGCUUGCUAUGGCAGGUGUUCAAACCGUCAAAAUAUUUAGAAAGCCUCGCAUUGGCAUCUUCAGCAUGAGAGAAGGGGGCGCGGAAAAUAAUUCUCCUAUGCACAAUGCCAGUCGUUUGGGUGUCUUAUCCAGUUUGAUCUCACGGGGCUUUGAGAUUGAGGACCUCGGGACCGUUCGCACCACGAUGCAUGGAGAGCUUAAACAUGCCAUGAGUUUUGGGGUGGACGUUCUAUUAAUCCUGAAUGGUGCAUCCGGAAAUGAGUUAGAUUUCUACAGAGUUAUAGAGACUCUUGGUGGUUUCAUCCACUUCGAUCGAGUUCCCAUGAAACCCAGCAGCCAUAUCACCUUUGCGACAAUACCUAGCUCUGAUGGAAAUGGCGCACCGUAUUCGCCCUCUAUACCUUUCUUUUCGCUGCCAAACGAUCCCGCAUCAGCACUAGUGGCUCUCAACCUAUUUGUUUUACCUUCACUGAACAAAACAGGUGGUCUGGAUGAGAGAUUGAACACUGUCGGUGUUAAACCUCGGAAAACACCAAAAUUUGGUCUGCCUCGAGUCGCCGUCGUUCUGACACAUCACAUUCCCCUCGACCCUGAGAGAACUGAGUACAACCUUGCCGUUGUUACGGGCUCACUCUCAGAUGCCAGAUUAUAUGCCACUAGCAUAAGCACUGAAGCAAGAGGCGGGCGGGAUAUCGUGGGCGGUAGCAGGAUGGAUGCCAAUGCAUUAAUUAUACUUCGUGCAGGACGUGGGUUUUGUCUGAAAGGUGAAAUUGUGGAAGCCUUGCUCAUGGGCCCUUGUUCUGGCUCAGAUACUCGACUAAUUUGCUGA